GCGCCCGUUUCUCGAAACACCCAAGAAUUUUCUGGCCCGAAAACUUUAUUUUGCAUUUUUUCCUUUUGGAGAACCGCUUUUAUGUUUUAUAACAGUUUAAACUUCCUCGUGGUUCAUAUUCCAACUGAUUACGCUCAAAAGGGCUAUUUUCGAAGUUUUGCUAAAGCCAGAAAGUUGCCCGAAAAGUCUCGGGUGACUUCGAGGUACACGUUUAGAUACCAUAAAUUUUAUAAGAAUUAGCAAGCUUUUCAAAUUUAAGGAAUGAAUCGUUUUCGGGAAACAAGCUCCGGUAUUGACACAUAUAGAGCAAAUAACGGUGACAAUUUGAUAUAGCGAAUGUUUCCUGUUUGCAAUAAAAAGGCGAUGCAAUAAAGUUCGGUGAAAUAGAUCUAUCAAGUUAGAUACUCAAAGACACCUGGUUCUUGAGAAGCGAAACACUUUUUUAAGCAUAUGAUUGCUAAGAGGCCUUUAUCGAUCUACGUCAUUCUUUUAAUCAUGACUGCGGCCGUGACGUCACUUCCGGUUUAUUGCCCGGAAGCUGGUAGUUACACAGCACCAGGCGGCUACCCAGAAUGCCGUGUUCUCAAUAACGUAACACACCACGUGACACUGAAGUGCUUUUUAUGCCGUUUGGAAGAUCUGCGGAACUUGACGAUGAAUGGGACAACAGUGAAGCACCUUGACCUCUCUAGAAACAAGUUGAUGAUUGUAAAGACAAACUCCUUCUGGAUGAUGAAACAGCUGACAUACUUAUCGUUAGCGACGAGUGGCAUACGGAGCAUCGAGAAGGGAGCAUUCACAGGUCUGGACCAUCUCGUGGAGCUGUAAGUCAAGGUCAACACACGAACCUUGUUAUUCAGUAUUAUAUCAGUAUCAUAUGACGUCAUUCAUCGUCACCAGUCUUCCGCUUGCAGGGGCAGGUUCAGUGGUUCCUAUAAGGGGGCGGAAUCAUAAGGAUUUCAAGAUAUGCUGGCCGCUUGAAAUUCUUCUUCUCUGGAUUUCUUUA